UUCCCAUCUUGGGCUUGUAAGAGGUGAACUCAUUCUUUCCUCUCCCCACUGUGCGGCUACAGCAACUUUCUACCAUGGUGACGGGUUAGCGGUGUGAUGAUGGGGGAGAGGCGGAAGGGGCUUGCAUUUUAUAAGAGCCAAAAUCCAAACUGACUCAAGACAGAGAGAAGUCUCCUCAUCGUGAAAGACAUGAAAGUGCACGCCACUCCUGCUGUGUGAUAAAGACUGUCUUGAUUCAUUGCUUUGAACACUAUUCAAGCAGGCAGCAGGGCUAUUGUGUAUUUGAUUCAGAUCGUAUAAGUCUGUGCUGAGAGAUACUGCACUCCACAACUGAAGGACAAAGCCAGAAGAUGAGAUUCAGCCCGGUGAUAGCCGCUCUUCUCUGCUUCACCUCAUGGAUGAGCAUGGGCCAUGCAUCCAAUGGACCGGUGGCCAGCUGUUGUCUCCGGUGGUCUAUCACUCGACCCCGACUUGAACAAAUUGUGGAUUACACCAAUCAGUCCGAAGGCAUCUGUCCAAUCAGAGCCGUAGUGUUUCAAACAAAGCGUGGAAAGAAUAUUUGCUCCGACCCUAACAGUAACUGGGCAGAAAGAGCGAUUCGGAAGGUGGACAAGGAGAAAGAAAUAAAAGCAUUGCAAGAGGAAGGACUGAAUGAAGAAUCAACAAGCGACAUCCAACCAGCAGUGUCCACCGCACCAACAAACGCACGGCAGAAGGAAUGCAGAAAGGGAAGGAGACGCCAGAGGAAGAAGAUCAGGCGUGGGAGGAAGGGGCAGAGAAAACGUGUGUGAGGAAUCACAAGACAAUUCAAAGCUACCGCAGUCAGCAAACAUGACUCCUUUCCAUUUGGACUUGUCCUGCUAUAUUGCACGAACAGUAAACAAACCUGAAACAAAAGCAGCUUUUUUAUAUAUAUUAUUGUAUCUAUUAAAUCUCCAAUACAUAUUUAAAUAUAUGUUCAUUAUACCUUGUUGUCAUAAAAGUGUGUAUGUCUAUCAAAAGAGCAUCAUUUUCUACCUUUUCCAGUCAAUUGCCAAUAAACUCUUCUUAAGCAGA